UUAUAUGAACUUUGACAUGGGGAAACUGAGGUUUUUUCUUGGGAAUUAUCAAUUCUUUUCGUUGCUCUUGUUUUACUUAUAUUCUCAGGCUUUCAUAUCAUCCUCUUUCACUAAUUCUUUAAUCGAAAGGCCAACAUGUUCUCACAAUGAGAGUCAGGCUUUGCUUCAAUUCAAGCAGACCCUCUUUUUUGAUUGCAAUGCUUCAUUUCUUUGCAAUCCAAAUUAUGGCAUUGCAGCUUUUCUCAAGACAGAUUCAUGGAAGGAAGAUACAGAUUGUUGCUCAUGGGAAGGAGUCACUUGCGACAGCGAUACUGGUCGUGUAAUUGGCCUAGAUCUUAGUUGCAGUUGGCUUUGUGGUACCAUUCCUUCCAACAGCAGUCUUUUCUUCCUUCAACACUUGAAGAGGCUCAAUCUUGCAUUUAACAAUUUUAGGCAAUCCAACAUUUCAGCCAAGUUUGGUCAGUUUCCAAAUUUAACACAUCUGAACCUCUCUAAUUCAUUUUCUUCAGGCCAAGUUCCAUCUGAAAUCUCACAUCUUUCCAAGCUAGUUUCACUUGAUCUGUCUAGGUUCAGUCUACCUUUUCCCAGUGACCAAGAACCGUUUAAUGAACUGAAGCUUGAAACAACAACUCUGAAAAGGUUAGCUCUGAACUUUAGCCGGGUAAAAGAACUUUUCCUUGAUGGAAUAGACAUGUGUUCAGUUGACCAUGGUUACUUAAUGAAUCUUUCUUCCUCUUUGACUUCUCUUAGUCUAGUUGAUUGUGGACUAAAUGGGACAAUUUCGGACAGAAUUUUUCGGUUUCCAAAUCUUAAGUUGCUCAAAUUAGGUAAGAACCCUGAACUAGUGGUUUAUCUCCCAAAGUCCAAUGGGACUAGUACCCUUGAAAUCUUAGAUCUGAAACAGACUGUUCUCGUCGGAGACUUGUCUGGUUCAAUCAGAGGUUUGAAGUCAUUGAAAUCUUUAAAUCUUGCUAGUUGCGACUUGAAUGGAUCAAUUCCUACAUCACUAGCAAACCUUUCACAACUUGUUGUCCUAGAGCUUCCGGAUAAUAAUUUUAGUGGAUGGAUCCCAGCGUCAUUUGCAAACCUCACAGAGCUUCAACAUUUAGACUUGUCAUAUAAUGGAUUAGAAGGUACCAUUCCUCCUUUUGCAAAUGGUCUUUCAAAUUAG